AUUCAGCUUUCGUUCGGUCGGGACGUUCCAAGGAAACGGGUUUUCCUCUCCGUGAGCGAUUUUUUUUUAAUUUCUGGAUUCUGUUACCCACGGUUUUGCCUCAUGCUCUGUGUGUACACUCGGAGAUGGUUCUUCUUGUUCUUCGUCGUCAUCGUCGCUCUGUGAAACGCCGAAAAGAGAAAAGCGAACAUCGGCCUGGACCGAAGAACCAUUCAUCAGUUUAGUGGAAAAACAAGGAUCUAGGGGUCGUCGUCGGGUUCGGGAAAGAGCCGGGAGUGCUGCGGUGUUUUGUGCAAUCUCCUCUCCGGGUCGAGUCAACUCAGAGUUGUCCCCGUUUCGUAUUAUGUUGGAAAGGUUUUUUUUUCUUCUGUGCCGUGCCUGAUAUAACAAAAGGAUUAAUGAAUUUCGCUCCGAGAACAGAGUCGUGAAUUCCGAUAACCAUUAAUCUCGUGCGCGAAGAAACGAAGGAGGCGACGGGUCGCCCCGGGUAACGACGACGGUUUGAAAGUGGGCGAAUUCUGGCCGGAAUCGUUCAUGUGUGUGCUGUGCGAAGAGAAGUGAUUGUAUAGUUUUCGGCCCGUAAAAUGAAACGAAAGUUUACCUUGCCAAGGAAAUGUUUAUCGCUGGCAGAAAGUGUGUGAAAGAAGUUCUGAAGUGAAGAGUAGAGAGAGCUGUGGAAAAUUUCAUUAACAGUUUUGGAAUUCUACCGGAUAAGCAACGAAAUCGGAUUUCAGUGGCAGAGUAGGCCAGGCAGCGGGUACCAUCAAUACAAGGCAGAUAAAUGAAAGGUUGGCAACAAACAGAAGAGAAGAACUGGCCUACUACGAUUCCAAGGUUUUUAUAGGACCAGUUGUCGCAAAAGGUUGCCAUUUGAAGCUUACAUGAAAAUUCAUACCCCAAUGUGAAGAUUUCGUGAAACGGUGAACUAGUGUGAGCAGCAAAAGUGAGAAGCGUUGAGAUUCGAUACUCCGAACCCAGGCAGGGCCUCAUAAAUUCGGUUGUGUAAGCAGAAUACACAGAAUACAGUCAUCGUGUCGCGCCGAGUGCUGAUAUAAAUCAAAGCACACUCGAGAAAAUUUUCUAAAGGAGACGAGCGGAAUAGUGGAGGAAGAAUCUUAAGGUGAAGGAAGAAGGGUGCAAAAUUGAUAUUUAUUACGAGUGUGUCCACCGAGCUGCGUUGAACGGAGUGGGAAACGUUUGGCCGAAGAGGAAGAAAUCGGCACUUGAAGGCGAGAAGCGGAUGAUAUGAAGUACACGCACAUAUACAGUACCUACGUACAAAGAGAGAAGUGAAGAACGUACGAUUUCGGUUGAGGGAAAUCGAGAAGGAAGUGGGUGGGAAAGGUAAAUCUGUGGUCCAGCCAGUCAGUGUUUAGUGAAGUGACGAAGUGUUAAGCGAUAAAAUAUAGGCCAAUUUCGGCCAAGUCGCCGGCAGACAAGUGGUUUCUGGGGUGUGGGAGUUAGAGAAGCGUUUUUUUUUUAUCGGUUCCCACUAUGAUUGGAUAUAGUUGUGUUGUAGACAUCGAACGAAAUCCUCCAAUCAUCAGUAGCAGUCGCCGCCAACGCAGAAAUAGUGACGUGUGCCGUGCCAAGGCAUGUUGGGGCCCACCGCCAAUGGCCGUUUAAUGGGACCUGGAACCAUCGGUUCGUCCGGAUCGGCACACCAUCGGAACCUGUGGCCGUCGGCCGCUGCGGCAGCCAUUGCAGCGAGUUCUACCAGCGGCAGCAGCCGUUCAUUCGAGUUUCAGACCAGCAAUGGCGAAGUGACGGAAUCGCUGUUCGCAGCAGGCGGGUAUAACACACCCCCGGCUAGCUCGCCCUUUCUGUCCUGCUCACCGUUGGAGCUGGUCGCCAAGAAUUUCCACAGUACCGGCGCAGCCGUCACCUUCAGUCAAGCCAAUAGCAGUAUAUUCGUGCAGUCACAGACGGACUUUAUCAAUGGAACCACGUCGGUUGCCAAAAAGACGGAGACCUGCAUCGGCAGGUGGGAGCACGGCACACUAGAGCCGCUGCAGAUACAAGUACCUACCGUACCAUCCGUAACUAAUUUAACCAUAAAGACCGAAAAUAUUAGUUCCGGCAGUCAGAUAACUUACAAUAGCAAUAAUCUCAAUAAUCAUAACAACACUAGCAAUAAAUCAGACGGAUUAGAUCAGCGUCGUCUUUAUUAUCAACAACUUCAACAUCAACACCACGUUCAGCAAGAACAACAACAGCAACAACUACCAGUACAAAACAACCAUCAUCAUCAUAGACAACAAUCACUUAUAACUAGUAAUUCUGCUCGUACCACGCUUCUGCGACUGUCGGAACAUCAUCGUCAACGCGACCACUCGUCGACACCAGGCAGCAUCAACGGCAACGGAUCGAGCACGCUUGACCUGGUUGUAACGCCAACGACAGCAACCAAGACGGUCACCACGGCAACGGUAGCACCGUCCUGUCUGUCAUCGCCAUCAUUCGCGCUGUGCCCCAUCAAUCAACAGCAGCAGCAACAACAACGCACCGUUUUACAUCAACAGCAACAACAGCGUCCUUCUGAUUGCAGUGUCAUUGUAACGGCACGCAGCAAUCGACAGCAGUAUCCACAACGGGCACCUCAUAGUGCCGGCGCUACCUGGAGUUCUUCCACGGUUGUCCAGCCGACCAGAAGUAGUCCCCUUGACGCGGCAUGCUCGGCCAUUCACAUUAAACGUGAACCGUGCCAAGUGUCCGAAGUAACCACAUCGAACAACUUCGAGGCUAGCAGCAGCAGCACGACGACGGCACUGACGGCCGUUGUCAAAUUGGAAGCCCCGUCCCCGAAGGCUGUCCCCGCUAAUAUCGGAACCGCCAUGGACCACAUCGGAAUUACCAGCACGCAGAACAACGCCGCGGCCACGAUUCCGGUCGGCAUUGCCGUCGCACGACAGCGGUUGCAGGACUCGACCGGGGGUGUCGGCGGUCCGCUGAGCUCCCAGCUCCAUCAAGCCAAAGAACUGAACCGGUUCGGAAUCGCUGCUACCGGAUCUACCGCUGAUUUAGGUUGCACCACGCCGAGCCUGAGUCAGAACAUGUUUUUCACAGGCACCAACUCCACCAUGAUACCCCUCUCGUCGGAGGCGGUCACGAUGGGCGUGACUAACGCUGCGGCAGCCGCGGCCGCUGCCGCCGUCCAGAAUGCCGUUAGGACACCGCCCGCCUUGUGGCAGUACCCCGGAUGCCAACAACCUGCACAAGGGCCACAGCCGGUGCUGCCGCAACUGGCUCUGGUGGGUUCGGCUCCCGGUACAGGUUUACCGGACAAAAAAGUCGUAGGCUAUCUGGUGCUUGAUCGGAUUGUUCCGACGCCACCGGAAGACGACCCCUCGAUGAAGAAAGCCCCUGUCCCGAUGGAAUCGAUGCUACCCAUGCCACCGAUGCCUCCGGUCGGAUUUCAGCUGGUUCGGGAUCCCACCACUGGACAAAUCUUAUUUCUUCCAACGACGACUACGAUAGAUAAAGUCUACAUUUCUUGUAUAGAACCAUUCCCGCAAACGGUGGUAUGGCCGUCGUAUCCCCAGUCAACGGCUGCCAUCCAGCCACCGCAUCUGCUGUUGCCACAAAUUCCGCAACAGCAACUGCAACCUCCACCGCUGGCACCACUGCAGAUGCUCAGCUCCGACUAUCUGGCAACCGCCAGCAGUACAACCCUACAUCAGCAACAGCAUACCCAAACGCAUCACAGUACAAGAUACGUCGCCCUAACCUCGGACGGCAACAAACGAACUAGUAGCAACAAAUCAACGGCCAGCAACAUGUCAAUGCCAUGUCAGCCGACAAUCCCAAUGCCGAUACCUUCGCACACCUUUAUCAAAAUUGAAGACUGUAGUGGCUCAGCCGCAUCUAGCUGUAACAAUUCCACCCAAAUCUUCCAUGAGCAGGAGAAAACUAUCCAAACUUCAACGAUCGGGACUUCUCCCGACAUUGCCCCUCAGUUAUUGUUUCAACAGGGCAAUCUCAUCCAGAUAACUCCCUCCACAAAAACUACGGCUACCCUGCUGGAACCUCCGGCGAUCAUGCCAGCGAUAGAAACGGCCGUCCCUAAUCCAAUUACUCCACCCCCCAUCCACAGUAUCUGCUUCGAUAGCUCCGAGUCCCCAUCAGCCAGAACUCCCAGCAGCCACAUGUCUAACUCCUCCGCCUGAUCAAUCCAUUUGUCAACCCGAAGAUGCCGAAGUGGCAUCCCUCAACUGCGGAGCUCCAGAAGUUCAAGACGCCAAUAUCCAAACCGAUACCCCCAUCAUGAGUGAAGACGACAACACUG